AUGCAAAGGUGGAGACUAAGUCAAAGUCCAAGAUCCUGAAUAGAGGCAAAUAUAUCGUUCCUUUAUAAAGACUAGUAAACAAAUCAUUUUGACAAAAUGGAUGCUAUCAGCGAUGAUCCCCGAUUCGCUCACAUAGCGUCAGAUCCGAGGUUCAAGCCAAUGCCGAAAUCGAAAAAGAAAGUAAAGAUUGACUCACGUUUUCAGUCACUGUUCACAAAUCGGCAUUUCAGUCAUAGGAUGGACAUGGAUAAACGAGGAAGACCAGUACGUGAUCCUUCAAAAAAGAAUAAAAGUACUAUGGAACGCUUUUAUGAAAUGUCGGACACCUCUAGUGAUAGCGAUGCAAGUGAAAGUGAGGAGUCAGCGGACUCCAAAUCUGAAAAUUUACAUCAGUCUCAGUCUCAGUUGUCUGGUGGGGAUAGUGGAAGUGAACAAUGUCCAAAUGGUGAUAGUUCUGCUCCAGUGACUGUCAAGAAAACAACUAAGAAGAAUCAGAAUGCAAAAAACAAAAGUGGGAAUCAAUUGGAAUCUGUAGUACCAACGAAGGAAGACUUAUCGAAGUUGAAAGGAAAGAAACGGAAAAAGUUGGAAGACUCUAAUAGUGAUGGUACUGUUGUUUUGCCCAUGAAAAAGAAACAUAAGGCAAAAGCCGGGAUGGACGAUGAAGAUUUCGACAAUGCCGACACAGAUGGUGAAGAAAACGCUGAGGACAACCCCAGUGAUGGGUCGCGGGAGUCGGCCACAGACGAGGAGGAGGAGGGGGAUCUGCCGGACAGCGAGGAGGAGGAGGAGGAGGAAGAUCUGCCGGAGUACACGCAGGACUUUGACAUGGAGGAGACGGACGUGGACCACCGCUGGAACGAGCUUCAGACGGACGCCCCCGAGGUGUCUCAGUCGACUCGGAGACUCGCCGUGUGCAAUAUGGACUGGGACUUUGUCAAAGCUCAAGAUCUCUUUGUUUUGUUCAAGUCUUUUGUUCCCGAGGGAGGCUGUGUUAAUUCUGUGGCCAUUUAUAUGUCGGAGUUUGGGAAGGAGAGGAUGGCUGAGGAGGCUAAGCUGGGUCCCAAAGAGAUGAGAGAGCGGGUGGAAAACGGUGACAAUGGCGGGACUCAGAAGGGGAAGAGGAGAAAGAUGGAUGAGAAGAAGGAGAAGCACUUGAGGAAGGAGCGGGAUGUGGUUCACCGGGAGAAGCUGCGCGAGUACCAGCUGAACAGACUCAAGUAUUACUACGCCGUGGUGGACUGCGACUCUGUGCGCACCGCCGACACAGUUUACACCGAGUGCGACGGGCGAGAGUAUCAGCUGAGCUCCGUGCGGCUCGACUUGAGGUUUAUUCCGGAGGACAUGACCUUUGAGGAUGAGCCCCGGGAGAUGUUUUCAGAGGGGCAGACAACUGUGGACUACCAACCCAGUACAUUUCAGUCGACUGCCUUGUGCCAAGCGCGGGUCGAGGUGACCUGGGAUGAGACUGAGUUUGACCGAUUGAGUCGCCGGGUCAGUGCGCUGCAGCAGAAAGAGUUGGAGAGUAUCGUGGAGGAGAACAAAUACUCCGACAUCAUUGCGCCCCCGGAGAGCGAUUCUGAGGAGGAGGGGGGACAACCUGAGUGGCUGAAGUCUGUGCUGGCGCAGAAUGACGACGACGACGUCGAUGAUGAUGAUGAUGAGGAGGGAAGUGAAGAGAAGGUGAUGACAGAACAGAAGAAAAUCGAUCUGUAUCGCAAACUGCUGAUGGACAAGAUAACGGAGGAGGAGGAAGAGAAACAGAAAGAAGAAAAUGACGUGGACAAAGUGUUAGAGUGGCAGCCUGGACUGAAGACAUCUGUGGAGAAAAAGUUACAGAAAAAAGCAAAGAAGAAGGAAGAAAGCACUUUGGUCAAUCAUUAUUUGGAGAAGAGAAAGGAGAAGAAGAGAAAGAAGAGAGAGCGAAAGUUGCAGGAAAUGGUGCCGGAAGACGGCGCAGAAGCCUUCAGUGAUGAUGAACUGCCUGAGGGUGUUGAGAUCGACGACAGCUUGAAGGAAAUGAUGGAAGGAGAACACAGGGGGGAUGGGCAAGGAAAAAAGAAAAAGAAGAGGAAGACGCAGGAAGUUGCGGUGGAAGAUGAAGCAGAGGAUAUGGAGAAAGCCGAGUUGGAGCUGAUGCUCAUGGACGAUGCCGGGGGCAGACAUUUGUCUAAGCCGGAGCUUGUUCCCAACUCCGAUUCGAUGUCGAAGAAGAAAAGACAGAGCAAAAAGCAGAUGGCUAAACGGAAGAAAACUGGACAAGAAGACACGGAACACUUUGUGCUGGACGUUGAAGACAAGAGGUUUGGCGCUCUGUUCACGUCGCACCACUUCCACAUCGACCCAACAGCGCCGCAGUUCAAGAAGACGAAAAACAUGCAGCGUCUGGUGGACGAACAGAUCCGACGCAAGAGCAAAGGAGGAAGUGGGAAGAGGAAAAGUCGAGACGGGGCCGAGAGUCCGAGCACAGGGGCAGGUGGGGCAGCGGCGACCAGCAGAUCUGUCAGUCAGUCGUUGGUGGAGAGCUUGAAGGAAAAAAUGAAGAAGAAGAAGAAAGUGUAAAAGUAGUAGAUGUAGAUGUUGAUGUUGCCAGAGCU